AGGUCAAACUGAAACCAGUUCUACCAUGAACAAAUCACCGGUUGGACUGGAGAGACAAAUAGUGCUACUUGCUGGUGCAUACACGUUACGCAUUGUACAGGUGCGUGGCGCGGACGGUGCUGUGCCAGUGCCACCCAGUGUGCGUGCCCACGUCUAUAAUAAGAAAGAGAGUGCCUCGCGUUGCGCUUGCGCCGAGGAAAACAGAAGGAAGCUGAAGCUAGCGGCCGGCCUACCGCACGCAACGCAAGCAGAGUGCAGAGGAGGAUUACAGAUCGAGGCGUACGGACGUCGAGCGAGGAGUGGUACAUAUGGCAGCGGGACCGCCGUCGUCGGUGAGGGCGGAGCGCGUCCUGCGGGCGGCGUGCGCGGCCAUGGCGGCGGCGGGGGCGCUGCUGCUGGGGUUCAGCGCGCAGACCAAGACCGUGCUCUUCAUCCAGAAGAAGGCCGUCCCCAAGGACGUGCAGGCCCUCUGGGUGCUGAUCGUGGCGGCCGCGGCGGCGGCGGCGUACCACGUGGCCCAGCUCGCCCGGUGCCUCUGCAUGGAGCGCCUCGCCAUCGGCGGCGGCGGAUGCCGGCGUCUCGGGAGAGCCGUCGCGUGCGCCUCCUUCCUCCUCGACAAGGGAUGCGCGUACAUGGUGUUCGCGACGACGGUGGCGGCGCUGCAGGCGUGCUUCGUGGGGCUGCUCGGCGUCGACGCCCUGCAGUGGAGCAAGCUCUGCAACAUCUACACCCGCUUCUGCGAGCAGGCGGCCGCCGGCAUGGUCUGCAGCCUGCUGGCCGCCGCCGGCAUGGCCGUCCUCUCCGCGUUCUCGGCUCGGGACCUCUUCCGCCGCCCCUGCUCCCCGGAGUAUAGAUGAAUUCCAGUAGUACAAGAAACCUCACCAAGAUAUAUAGCCACACUUUCUGAUGUGUAAGAAUUGGCGCUUGGGCUUUGAUCAAGUUCAUAAGAAAAAUGAGAAACAGAUCUUUAUGGAAUAAUACUUUAAUUGCUUCUAA